AUGUUGCAAGAAUCUCCCGAGGUCCACGUCGACCCCAAAACAGAGGUGAUUCAGAAAGAGCCGAAGCGCAAAUGGGUGAGCUACAUUUGGGACACGUUCGAUAAAUCACCGGAAGAGCGCCGACUGCUCUUCAAGCUAGAUUCUGCGAUCCUGACAUUUGCAUCAUUGGGGUAUUUCAUCAAGUACCUGGAUCAGAUAAACAUCAACAAUGCCUUUGUUUCUGGAAUGAAGGAAGACUUGGGCAUGUAUGGCAAUGAGCUCAAUUACAUGCAAACCUGCUGGACUGUUGGAUACGUUAUUGGAGAAAUCCCAAGCAACAUCCUCUUGACUCGAAUUAAGCCAAGGUAUUGGAUACCGGCAAUGGAGCUUCUUUGGACUGUUCUCACCAUGUCACUAUCUCGGUGCAAUACCCCGACUCAAUUCUACGUACUGCGAUUUUUUGUUGGACUGGCUGAGAGUACCUUUUAUCCGGGGAUGCAGUAUAUCAUCGGGUCCUGGUACCGAAAAGACGAACUUGCCAAGCGCUCAUGCAUUUUCCACACCAGCAGUGGGAUAGCUAGUAUGUUCUCUGGAUAUCUUAUGGAUGCGGUCUAUCGAUUGGGAGGGCGAGGGGGGUUCAAGGGUUGGCAGUGGCUCUUCAUCAUUGACGGUGUGAUAUCGUUGCCAGUGGCUUUGAGUGGGUUUUUCAUCCUCCCAGAUGUGCCCGAGAUCUCUAGUCCCUGGUAUUUAAGCGAGCAGGAGGUUGAGCUAGCACAAACGCGAAUGACUCUGGAGGGAAGGAAGAACAGAGAGCCAUACACCAAGUCCAAACUAAAGAAGAUCUUUACCUCAUGGCACAUCUAUCUUCUGACCGCACUCUACAUCUGCUUCAACAAUGGCGCAGCAGGGAGUCAGCCUGUCUUUCAACAGUUUCUCAAAACUUCCGAGGAUCCCGUGUACUCCAUCAGUCAAAUCAACUCGAUACCCACCACUACUCCCGCAGUCCAGGUAGUAACGACACUAGCCUAUGCGUGGAUAUCGGACACGGUUUUGAAGGGGAGUCGUUGGCCCCCAAUCGUCUUCGGCGCUUGUGUCAAUAUUAUCAGUUAUGUCUCCCUUGCGGUGUGGAAUAUUCCAAUUGGAUGGAAGUGGACAUGCUACAUCAUUAGCGGUGCUGGAUAUGGACUGAGUGGAUUGCUCAUGGCUUGGGCCCAUGAGAUUUGUUCCGAUGACAACGAGGAGCGUUCCCUGGUGAUCGGGAGCAUGAAUGAGCUGGCCUAUGUCUUUCAGGCUUGGCUUCCUCUGAUAGUAUGGCAGCAAGUCGAUGCACCCCAGUACCAAAAGGGGUUCAUCACUGUUACAGUGCUGUCGAUUCUGUUGAUCAUUUUCACGUUCCUCGUUCGCCUGCUUCACGGAAGGGAGGAACAAGAUAAAAGGUAUGUUUAA